GUUUUCUUGAGCCAUGACUAUCCAGAAAUCUGUGUUGCAAUUGAGUGUUCAAGAGGAAAGAAUCAGGAAGAGAGUGUGGGCGGCCGUUUCUAAGUUUUCAGGGGUUACUUCAAUAGCGAUGGAUGACAAAACGGGGAAAAUGACCUUAGUUGGUGAAGUUGAUGUAUCAAGAAUUGCGAAGAAGCUAAGGAAGAUAUGUAAUGCAGAGCUCGUUUCGGUUGAAGUUGUUAAACCAUCUGAGAAAAAGCCUGAACCGGAGAAACCGGCUCCAGCUAAACCGGCAGAAAUUGUUGUUCCGGUUACGCAUUUUAACUACCCCUACCAGUAUCAUUCGUCCUAUACGAAUUCUUACUAUCAACCAUACCAGAAUUACAGAGUUGUGGUGGAAGAACCAAAUACUUGUGUGAUUAUGUAACACUUCAUUUUAGUCUAUGGAACACUUAAUUUUGAUGGAGGAAUGUAAUUUUCGGUUACUGUGAUAUAAAUUUCUU